UACACGAAUAUAUAAAAAAAAUUAAUAAUUCUAAAAUUUUAGUGCCAGAAGAUGAAGAUGAAGAAGAAGAACCUGCGUUUUACGAGAGAGAGGUGAAAGAAGCGAAAAUGGCGGAUUCAAUCUCUUAUGUCCUCUACACAAUUUUCUUCUUCCUCUUCACCGUUAUUCUCCUUCAAUUUCUGUUCCGCAAAUCUUCGAAGAAUCUCGCCCAAGGCUGCCGGCCGCCGAGUCCGCCGGCUCUCCCGCUGAUCGGCCACCUCCACUACUUCUCGCCGUCCGCCAUCAAAUCGUUCCACAACCUCGCGGCCAGGUACGGCGAUCUCCUGUUCCUCCGGCUCGGCGCCGUCCGAUGUGUCGUCGUCUCGUCGGCGUCGCACGCCGCCGAGAUCUACAAGAAUCAGGACGUGGCGUUCUCGUGGCGCCCUAAUUUCGCGUUCGGCGACGAGCUGCUGUACGCGAAGGCCGGAUUCUUCGCGGCGGAGUACGGCGAUUACUGGAGAUUCAUGAAGAAACUGACCAUGACGGAGCUCUUGUCGCAGCGGCAAGUGGAGCGGUCACGCGCCGUCCGGAGAGAAGAGAUGGUGAAAUUCUUAAGGAAAUUGGCGGAGAGCGGCCACAAAAAUGAGGCUGUGGAUUUGGGGGCAGAGCUCGUCAAGCUCACAAAUAAUAGCACUUGUAGGAUGGUGAUGAGUACAAGGUGUUCAGGCGACGAUGACGAUGAAGCAGAGAAGAUACGAGUAUUGGUAAAAGAGACAUUUCAGAUGGCUACCCAAGUAGCAUUUGGAGACGUAUUUGGAUGGCCGUUGGAGAGAUUAGCCUUUUGGUUAUUUGGAAGGCAAGCACAAGACGUGACAUUAAGGUACGACGAAAUUUUGGAGAAGAUUCUAAAACAACAUGAAGAGAGAGCAAAGGAAGAAGGAUUGGAUGGGGAAGAUAGAGAUUUGAUGGACAUUUUGUUGAAGGUUUACCAAGAUCACAAUGCUGAGUUCAAGAUUACAAGAACCAAUAUCAAAGCUUUCUUGCUCGAUCUAUUCCUGGGUGGCACUGGAACUUCAACGGAGGUUUCACAGUGGGCAAUGGCAGAGCUUCUCAACCAUCCUAAAGUUUUCACCAAACUCAGAGACGAGAUCGAUUCCAUUAUCGGAACCGACAGGCUCGUCGGAGAAGACGACCUCCCGAAUCUCCCCUACCUACAAGCCGUCGUCAAAGAGGCUCUCCGGCUGUACCCCGCCGUGCCUCUCUCGAUGCGCUCCUGCCGUGAAGAUUGCACAAUCGACGGCUACGUUGUCCCCAAGAACACCAUGGUUGCAGUCAACCUGUUCGACAUAAUGCGCGACCCAAAAGCUUGGGAAAAUCCGAACGAAUUCGACCCAGAACGAUUCAACGGCGACAUGAAGUACGAGAUAAAGGGGCAGCAGAGUUUCAAGUUCGUACCGUUUGGUGGGGGGAGGAGGGCCUGCCCUGGCUCCAACUUGGCCUUCUCUUUCAUUAGCAAUGUCAUUGCCGCCAUGGUUCAGUGCUUCGAUUGGAAGAUUGGGAGAAAUGGAGAUGAAAAUAAAGUGAAUAUGGAGAUUGGAUCGGCCUUUACUUUGCCAAUGGCGAAUCCUCUUCUCUGUGUUCCUGUUGUUCGCUUCAACUUUUUUGCCUCUGCAAAUUGAUGAGAUCUUGUUUA